AGGUCGUGUCCUCGAAAGCCCCUCGCUCGCACCGUCGCACGCCGCACCCCUCCCUCCCUCCUCGAUCUCUGUCCCUCAGCCGCCACAGCACGAAGCCACCUAUCCCUUGUGUGUGCGUGCUCAUCGCCACCUUUCCUCCCCGCUCCCCAUCAUUGCCCGACGCCUGCACCGGCUACCAUUUGAUCCAUGGCCGAUGGGAGAGUACAAGGCAGGGAAGGAUGACGCCAUCGACCCGUCGCUUAGAUUGAUGGCACAUGGGUUGGGUCUGGGCAGAAGGCCGGCGCCUGCGGGGGGAAAGCAGCAGGAGUUUGUGCAGCGGCAAAUGAUGCCAUGGUCGGCCGUGGAGGGAGGCUCGCCGGCCGGAGCAGCUGGAACAAGGAGGCAGGGUCGGCCAUGGAGGGAGGCCCACUGGCCAGAGCAGCAUGAGCAACUGCAGACGCUGGUCAGCCCGAUGCACCGCCUCAGCCCCGCCUCCUCUGCUGCGGCCCCCACGGUCGAGAGGGGCAGCUGCGCUGUAGCUGGCGACGAGUUCAGCGGCCGCCGCCUCCUCUCCUAUUCGAAUCCAGUGCCUAUGGGUUCUCCUCGGUUGGAUUGUUCAUCCUUCUUCGCCGGUGGUGUGCUUGUCUGUUGCAAUAACUUUCAUGCGCUGGAUGAACACUGCCGGUUGAGGUUUGUUUCUUCCCGUUGUCUCCUGCGUCCACUGUUGCAUCGUUCUGCCAUUGCGAUUGAGUCCUCUGUCUAGCCUACUUUCUUGGUCUGGUUCUGCUUUCUAGCUCUGGUAAUUAGCUGUUGUUUUUCUUGUCUGUUAGAAUGUGCCUGCUGUUUUUAUGCCCGUGUGUGCACCGUUAUGCAUGUAGUCUGACAGGUCUAUCAGUUUCAACGAUCUGCUAGGUUGCUGCAUCUGCAACUCUGUGCUGCUAUUCAAGGUUUGCUUGAUUCUUUAUUCCCUGCAUGCUUGUUCUUUCUCGCUACGCACAUGCUUCUCUUUCUCUAAGUACUGUAAUUUUGUUGUGCUGUCUCUAGCUACAUGCAUUUACCUUUCUUCAUCAGUCUAAUUGUCUAUUGAUGGGCCAUUCAUGUUAUGGUUAUGUGAACUUUAAGAUGUAAUAAUAUAUGGUGUUUAAAUUUUUAUUGUUUGUUUGCGCCUAUGAUUUUGCGUUACAGAGUCGUUCGAUGUCCAAGUUUCUAUAUUUUUUUACAAUGUUGCAGUCCAUUAGUUGCUUCAAUCCUGGUACACACUGGAUUGAAAAUAGGUCGUCCGUUUUUAUUGACUUUUUUUUGUACAUUGUGAAGUCAUGGCCCCGAUUUAUAUUCAUGUGUAGUUUGCUGUAUAGUUCAUGUAUGUUCUGUAAAGAGCAUGCAUAGCUAAUGGUUUAAUUCAUUUGUUCCUUCUUCAGAUGUUUCAUAUCGGUGCAUAUUUUAACUUGAUCCAUACCAUGCCAGUGAUUUUCUAAUAUUUGCCCAUAUCUUUUGGGCACAUAAUUAUGCUUCAGGAAGAUGUUAAAUAAGCUGGUUAGCUCUGGGGCAAAAGGGGUUAGCUCUGGGGCAAAAGGUCAGCAAAUCUGCUUGGCUGUUCCUCCCAAGGUGAUGAGAGAUUUCUUGUUGCAGAGUACAUGCCUAGAAAGACAUAUCUUCCACUGUAUGUUAACUGCUUGUGAGCAGGCCAGUACUUUACAAAUUUUACUACAGCAGCAAGGACGCUAUGCUUUGAAUAGUUGAGCCGCCCUCUGUUUUUCAUCCAUGGGCAGAGUAGAUGGAGGUGCAGUGGCUUAGGAUGUCAAGAUUCUACAACUUGAAAAACACAUCUAGGAUAUUCAAGUUGUGUGUGGCGCCACGGAGAAAGCUUGCUACUCCAGUCAACCACUUACACGAGAAUCAUGAAUUGAUUUGUCAUUUCAUGUUUGCACUUCUAUUACAGUAGAACAACAUGUCAUAAACAUGGUGUUGGGCAUUGUUUGUCCAGUUCCCUUCAAAACAGAAGAGAUAGUAGAGAGUGGCUCCAUGACCGAGAAGACAACAACGCAAUGUUUGUUCAGCUCCUUUAAAGAAUGAAGGAAUUACAAUGCAUCUGACCUAUAAAGGGGCUAUGAAGGACAAACUGCUAUGGAUCCAGAGGAGUGGGAGGGGAGAGUUUACCAACAAGGCAUCAAGGACAAGGCGUGACGUAGAUUCCUAAGUCCCAGUUAACAUAGCAAAAUUGUAUAGAGAGAAUGCCCACAUUUUGCUAUUACAUAGUUUGAGGCUAUGUUUCUUUCAGUUUUCAUUAUUAAAAGGAUCCUUAUCAUUGCCAAACUAUCAAGCAUUUAUUUUCAAACAA